CGCAGUGGCGGCGGAGCGAACUGUUGCCCCCGGUUACCGUGGCGAUGGCCAGCGGCGGAGGGUCCAUGUACCUGCUUCUGGGGGGUUCUGGCGUGGGCAAGACGCUGCUGGUCAAGCGACUGCAGAAGCUGAGCUCCAAGGAUGGUGCCAAAGACCUUGGGGAGCCUCCAUCCACAUUACCCACGGUAGGCACAAACCUUACAGACCUUUUGAUAGGAAAGAAGAUCACAGUUCGGGAAUUGGGGGGAUGCAUGGGCCCCAUCUGGUCCAGUUACUACAGUGACUGCUGCUGUGUCCUGUAUAUGAUUGAUGCUGCCAAGCCUACUCAGAUUUCUUCAUCUUGCGUCCAACUUUUGUCACUCCUUUCUGCUGAAGAGCUCAUGUCAGCUCCUGUCCUCAUCAUUUUCAACAAGAUUGAUCUGCCCUGCUACAUGUCCCUGGUGGAGAUGAAGUCGUUAUUUCGAAUCCAGGAUAUCAUUGCCUGUGCCAAACAACCCAUCACUGUUGUGGAGACGAGUGCUCGUGAUGGCACUGGAUUAUCCAAUGUGAUGCAGUGGUUUCAUUCUACUCUGCAUGAUUAAUGCUCACCCCUCUCAGAAGCUGGAGAUGUCUCUUAAAUUACAUACCUUUAUUAGAGAAGGAAGAGAGGAAAAACAGGCAACAGUUUCCAAGGUACUGAAUUAGAAUGCAUCAGCAAGCAGAACUGACUGUCUUCUGGAGGCAGUGGGAGCAACAUUGCUGCCAUGGAUUUUGAUGUCAUUUGAACUUGAAAGUAAAUAUUUUUGUAUUUGGGUCA